ACCUGAAAUUUUCGGGUCGGGUCCAAUAUUGACACCCCUAUUCUCGGCUAUGGCCAACUCUUUGAUGCUUAACUUUUUGUAUGGCUGGGAUGCUCAACCUAUUUUAUUUGUAUUUUUGUGAGGGUUAUUCUCCCAGUCAGAUUUCUUCUCUUUUGAUUUUUUUUUUAAUUUUAUUUUGAUAUAUAUCUGUAUAAUCUUUAUAAAUCAUUGUUGAUCUUAAUAUGCUGAGAAAUAAACAAGUUUUUUUUUUAUUUUUAUUUUUAUUUUGAAAAGAAAUAAAUAAAAAUUUAUAAGAACGAAGUAGUCAAUUGCUAGUCGAAAGGCAGAAGACAGAUACCAAAUUUUCAAAUGAUUGAUGUAUGCAAACGCGCGAAGUUCAACGGCUUAAUAAAGCUUGUCUGCUCCGAAACCGCAACAUUCCAUAACAAUCGCCAUUAUUGUUCCCUCUUUACCAGACCUUCCAAGCAGAAGAAGGUCGAAGAACUUAUGCCAUCUAGCAGAUCUCUCCAAGAGAAAGAAAAAUCGAACGGGAAAGGAAAUCGGAUAUGCAGGAGAAUACGAUUUCGGUGCCGGUGAUCGAUCUCACGGACUUCCCAUCAGAGAGGAGCAAACUGGCGGCGGCGAGCACGGUGUUGGGCUGCUUCCGGGUCGUCAACCACGGCAUCCCAGAGGCUAUGCGAGCCGACAUGAAGGCCGCCGUCCGAUCCCUAUUCGAGAUCUCGGCUGAGGCUAAGCUUCGUAACGUCGAGAUAAUCCCUGGAAGCGGAUACAUGCCGCCCUCUACGAGAAACCCCUUCUACGAGGCAUUCGGCCUCUACAAUGCAGCUUCCACUUCUGAUGUUCGCGCUUUCUGCUCCCUCUUGGAAGCCUCCCCAUUCCAUCAAGAAAUAAUCAGUUCAUAUGCUUCAAAACUCCAUGAUUUGAUUGUGGACAUAGCAUCUAAACUGGCAGAUAGCUUGGGUUUAGUGGGUUACUCAUUUCAGGACUGGCCUUGCCAGUUCAGGCUGAACAAAUAUAACUUCACCAAUGAAACCGUUGGUUUUCCUGGCGUUCAGAUCCACACAGAUUCCGGCUUUCUUACUGUCCUCCAAGAAGAUGAGUCUGUUGGUGGACUAGAGAUCAUGGAUUCCACCGGAAAUUUUAUGGUUGUUGAUCCUGUACCCGGUACCUUUCUUGUUAAUCUUGGCGAUAUUGCAAAGGUGUGGAGCAAUGGUAGAUUGCACAAUAUAAAGCAUAGGGUGCAAUGCAAGGAAGCCUUGCCAAGGAUCUCUAUUGCACUGUUCAUGCUCGCACCGAAGGAUGACAUGGUCGAGCCGCAACAAGACUUCAUCGAUUUCGAGCACCCACGGCUAUAUCAGACUUUCUUGUUCAAGGAGUACAGAAAACUUAGGCUCUCCCCUGGAGCUAGUGCUGGUGAAGCCCUCUCCCUUCUUGCAGCAGAUCAAGCUACUGUGAAGGUUUGAUAUAAUACUGUUGGUUUUGAAUUCUGUAUCUUAUGAUAGAGCUGAUGCUCGUUGUGAUCAUCAUCAAUGAAUAAAGCAAGAUGGUAGCUUUCUUCUCCUCAACCAUUUCUUCUUUUGUCUGUAGUGGUGUUAGCAGUGGAAUAUAUCAUUACUUUGCAUAAGAAUUACCUUUGCUUAUUCCAACGUGUUAAAAACUUCGAAACUCAAGUGUGAUUGGGCUUUGAAUUGAUCGAAAUCGGCUAAAUAAUCAUUCAAAUUCAGUUUGAUUGGCCCAA